AUGGACUCGAUCGAGGAAAUCCAACAAAAGGUGGCCGGCGUUAUUGCUGGCGUGUUGGAAGACAGCAGCUUCGUAGGCGGUGAUGCAGAUCGCAGCAUCUUAUACCGCGGUGUUGACUCCCUUCGCGCUCUCGAGCUGAGCGCCUGCCUGCAAACCGAAUUCGACUUGGGCCCGGAUGAGGUUCCUAACACUUUCGUCUUUGAGAAUCCCACCGUCCGCCAGGCGGCCGAAACCAUCGCCGCAGCGAUCCGCGCGACGGCAUCGGCGUCCACCACCUUGGAGUUCGGCUCGCCCACACCAUUGAGCAGCGGCGAUGAUGAAGACGAUAACCAGGCCGGUUCAGAAAAGGCUCGCCUGGCCAUUGUUGGCAUCUCCUGCCGCCUCCCUGGCGGUGCCGUCUCCCCAGAGCGCUACUGGGAUAUCCUGAAUGAAGGUGUCGACGGCGUGACCGAAAUUCCCGCCCACCGACUCGACCUGGAUCGUCUGGUUGCGGAAGCCAAGGUGUACGUCCGCAAAGGCGCCUUCGUCUCCGACGUGGAGCAUUUCGACCACGAAUUUUUCGGCAUCCCCGCGAGCGAGGCAGAAGCCAUGGAUCCGCAGCAACGCCUCACCCUCCACGUCGUCUACGAGAGCUUGAGCCGCGCCGGCUGGAACAAGCAAUCCCUGGCCGGGCUUGAAGCCGGCGUCUUCGUCGGAAACAGCGCCGUGGAGUGGUCUGACGUGCAGCCGGAAGCGGCCUUGCACGGUGUCUACGGCCGCUCUGGCACAGCCUCCGCCGUGCUGGCUAACCGCGUCUCCCACGUCCUCGGUCUCGGAGGUGUCUCGGUCACUGUCGACUCUGCAUGCUCCUCAUCCCUGGUAGCUGUGGAUCUCGCGUGCCAGGCUCUCCGCGAGGGCAGGUGUCAGGUAGCCGUGGCGGCCGGCGUGCAUCUUCACCUCUCAGAAAGGCGCUGGAUCCAGCUUUGCAGCACCAAAAUGCUCUCCCCGAGCGCACGGUGCCGCGCAUUCGACGCCCAGGCUGACGGCAUGGUGCGAGGAGAAGGCGUCGCCGCAGUUGCAAUCAUGCCGCUUCACUUAGCCUUGGCCCAAGGUCGCCCGGUCCACGGCGUAAUUCUGGGCUCUUGGGCCAACCACGCCGGAAAGGCUGCUAACAUCACCACUCCCACGGGCCAGUCGCAACGCAGAGCCGUCAGCGCUGCCUUGCGGAGUGCCAAGGUGCGCCCCAGUCAGGUUUCCUACGUAGAAGCUCACGGGACUGGCACUGCCCUCGGCGACCCCAUCGAACUGGGCGCACUUGCCAGCGUUUUCUCUGCGGAUUCCGCUGUUGGAGGAGAUGAUGCCAAGUCUUCGAAUGAAGAGGAGCUGGUCAUAGGCUCCGCUAAAGCAAGCAUCGGUCAUCUGGAAUCAGCUAGCGGCCUGGCCGGCCUAAUCAAGGCUAUUUUCGUCCUGAAGCAGCAACAGGCAACACCACAGCUGCACCUCGGGGGCCUCAAUCCCGAGAUUGAGCGGGCGACUCGAGGCUUCCACUUUCGUAUAGUGACUCCGGAAUCCGAGAGUCGAUAUAUUGCUCCUAAGGGUCAGUUGACGGACGAGGGGAAGGAGACUUACGGCGUUGUCUCCAGCUUUGGAUUCUCCGGCACCAAUGCCUGCGUUGUGCUCGCUGCGCCCCCGGGACUGUCAUCCUCAAAUUCGCCUGAUGCCCCUAUCACCAGCUCGUUGGGACCAGGCGUUGGAAAACGGUUCCUCAUGACGCCUUCCGGGAGAGAGCAUCCGUUGCUACUGAGGUCGGAGUGCGAGCUGCUCGAUUCGGACGAGAAGUUGGUUGCCUCUACCUUACGGCUGGGGCCUUACUCUGCAGUCUGGGACGACCAGCUGAUGAGCCAGAGCCAGCUUAACCAGCGGUCCGACACUGGCGACGUUUCUGGGGCCGAAGUGUAUGUGUCCGACUGGAAGCAUCUCAGGAUCGCCGACUUCCAAGUAGCAACCAGCAUCGCUGAAACGGAAUCAAAGAGCAUGUUGAUGGUUUCUUCCAUUCUGCAAGCCGCUGGGGAGGAAAAUACUCUCACAGAUGCUCUCCAUCAAGCUUUUCCAAACUCAAUACAGACGCACAAGACAGUACCUUGGGAGCAACUGACACCAGGAGGUACUGCACCGCUGCUGAUUGUCCCACUACCACGUUUGCAGAUGGAUUCAGCAAGCACAGACGAUGCGAAUCCAAGUACCUGGGCGGCGCAAGCAAUGGCUUUAGUUCACUUCUUUGGCGACUUGGCAUCGCGGUCGACCGAGACAUGGAAGCCCACCGUAGUCCUGGUGGGAAGCGGAAUAAUGAACACUCCGGACGACGACACUCACUCGUACGGCGCACAGGCAGGCUACCUCGGGAUAUGCAGGACGGCCCGCUCCGAGUACGAGAGCAUCGACGUCCGUUUGAUCGACGUGCAGGCAUCAGGGGAGGAGGAGGCGGGCCGAGCCUUGACCGCCGAAGACGCAUCAGCACUAUCCGCUGUUUUCGGCUGGAUCCAGGAUCAUCCUGACUUGUCCCGGCUCCUGGGACCCGAGAUCGCCAUCCGUCGAGGCGAGGUCUACCUGCCGCGCCUCGUGCCGCUCGAUCCCUGCCACACACGCACACACAGCUCUGUUGGAACUGAUGCGUCUGCAGCUGUCAGUCUUAAUGUUGCCUCGCCGCAGGAAGGGACAGCGUGGAAAGGCAUGACACAGCUCGUCCAGCAUGCCGCCAAGCAGCAAUCCGAGGUUGAGUUCCUUGUUCUUCUGGAACCAUCCGCUCCGCUAGUCAGCGGAGAGAAUGAUGGCUUGCCAGCCGGCGUGAGGAUCACAUACGCCUCGUCGUGUCCCUCCACGAUCGCCCGCCAGGCGCUACAGCCAUGUUUCCGGCCGACGCACGACAAGCUGUGCCGCCUACCGAAUGAGGACCCGACUGCCCCUAACCUCUUCGACUACGCACACUUCGACGUCAUUCUCGUUUCAGCGUCCAGCGCCGAUCUGUCGAAGGCGGCAUCUUGCCUGCUACCCGGCAGCAUGAUGCUGGUAACUUUGGAACCGGGGUCCGAGGAUGCUGGCGCGGAGGCGGUGGCUGCCGAGCUCUCCCGGCUUGGCCUCUCCGUAACCCGGACCGAUACUCGGGGAGGGAUCCUUGCAGCGGCCCGGCCCGACGCGAGCGGCACGACCGUCACUCCCGCUGCCUCUUCCGACAUCAUAUCCGACGGCGACCGUGGCUGCUUCGUCGUUACGGGCGGCACGGGUGGCCUCGGGCUGCUCUCUGCCCAGCAUCUGAUCCGCCAGGGUGCUACCCGCGUCGUGUUCCUAUCUCGCAGCGGGCGUCCUGCGCCUGGCUGCGAGCAGCUCUUGCAGGAAGUGCUCUCAAACAAGGGCGCGGAGGUGCACGUUGCGGAAGCCGACAUUUCCGAUGCCAGCGCCCUGUCACGGCUCCGCGAGACGCUGCGGCAGAGACAAUGGCUGCCUGUGCGUGGCAUCGUUCACGCUGCCGGCGUGCUUGCGGACGCUACUCUGGCCCGCCUGGACGCUGGCAGCUUUGACGUCGUCAAUAAGCCCAAGAUCGUAGGCACGCGUCGCCUGCUCGAGCAUCUUUGCGGCGACCCUCACAGCGGCGAUGUCGAGUUCUUCGUCGGCUUCUCGUCCGUGGCGACCCUUCUGGGAUUGCCGGCACAGGCUAGCUACGCAGCCGCGAACGCCCAGUUGGACGCAAUCGUAGCCCAGAUGCGUGUGGUCCAUGGAAUUCCCGCAGCCACUGUGCAGCUGGGUGGUGUGUCCGAUGUAGGCAUGAGCGCUCGCGUUGCCGACCAUGUACAUGCUUGGGGCGUCGGCCAAAUAGCAAGUGGAGACUUUGGCGCGAUGCUCCAAAAGGUUAUCCAGAUGGCCAAGCUGCCGCGCCAUCGCACUCUAGUUGCCGCGAACUUGGAUUGGAAGACACUACACUCGACUCGCAAGCCUCAGCAGAACCGCCUCCUAUCCGCUUUCCUACCAGCGCCGCAGAAACCGGCUGGACAGAAGCGUUCCCAGAAACAAGAGAGCAGCAACACAGCAAGCACCACGGCAGUGUUACAGCCAGCCAUGUCGCUCGAGGAGGUGGAGCAGAUUGUGAACCAGACUCUGGAAGACGUUGCAGGGUUGCAAGUAGGGAAAGAGGAGUCACUGUACGAAUGCGGCCUCGACUCCCUAUCUGCCGUCCAGUUCAGGAACGUGCUCGCCCAGCGCUUCGAAGGCGUCGAGCUGGCUCCAACCCUCGUGUUCGACUAUCCCACCGUCGACCACCUAACGCAAUACAUCCACCAACAGCUGCAGCAGCGUGCCGCAGCCGCUCGCCCACCACCACCUCCCCAGUCGAUACCAUCCGCCCCCGCCGCCACCAGCGGCGUCCCCACAUCCAACGGGGACAACAUGGACGGCGCAGUAGCGGUCAUCGGCGUCGAAGCCCGCAUGCCCGGCUCAGCCAACAGCUUCGACGAGUUCUGGGCGAACCUGUGCGCGGGCGUCGACGGCAUCGGCGACGUGCCGUACGCGCGCUUCGACGCCGACGACUACCUCGACGACAACCAGCUGGCGGGCGGCAAGACGGCGUACGUGCUGCGUGCGGGCUUCGUCGACGGCGUCGAGUGGUUCGACCACGAGCGCUUCGGCAUCACGCCCAUGGAGGCCAAGGUCAUGGACCCGUCGCAGCGCGUCAUGCUCGAGACGGCGCACCGCGCCUUCGCGGCCGCCGGCUACGACAAGGACGCGCUCAAGGGCUCCAAGACGGGGGUGUUCGUGGGCAGCUUGUCGCCGGACUGGCGGCAGGUGUUGACGGAGCACACGGCGUACAGCGGCACGGGCAGCGCGCUGUCCAUCAUCGCGAACCGCGUGUCGUACGUGCUGGGCCUGGUGGGGCCGUCCAUGGCCAUCGACACGGCGUGCAGCUCCAGCCUGGUGGCCAUGCACCUGGCGCUGCAGAGCAUCCGCGCGGGCCAGUGCGAGAUGGCGCUGGUGGGCGGCGUGCAGACGAUCCUCAACGUCGCGCCCUUCAUCAACGGCUGCAAGGCGCGCAUGCUCUCGCCCGACGCGCACUGCAAGUCCUUCGACGCGAGCGCGGACGGCUACGUCAAGGCUGAGGGCUGCGGCGCCCUCGUCAUCAAAGACCUCGCCGCAGCCCGCCGCGACGGCGACCGCAUCCUCGCCCUCGUCCGUGGCUCCGCCGUGAACCAGGACGGCCGUUCUGCCAAUCUCACCACGCCGUACGGCCCGUCGCAGCGUGCUCUCAUGGAGCAGGCGCUGCAGGGCGCAGGCGUCUCACCCGACGACGUGUGCUAUAUCGAGACCCAUGGUACCGGUACGCCCCUGGGUGACCCCAUCGAGGUCGCCGCAAUCCGCGAGGCAUUCAGUAGCGAGACGCGCGCUGCUCAGCGCCGUCCGCUAUACCUUGGUGCUGUCAAGUCGGCCAUCGGACAUCUUGAGGGUGCAGCUGGCAUCGCCGGGCUUGUCAAGGCUGUUGGAGUCAUGUCCCAUAGGCAGCUGCCGCCGAACCUGCACUAUCGCUCCCUCAACCCGUAUAUCGACCUCAAAGACGCAAGCGGUUGGAUCCGCAUUCCCACCGACGUCGUUGAUCUGGCGAAUGCAGAUAGAGAGCGUCGGCCCCUUGUCUGUGGCGUCAGCGGCUUUGGCUUUGGUGGCACGAAUGCACACGUCGUCCUGCAAAGCUAUGACGGUGGCGACCAGAGAAAGGUAGAGACGAGGACAGAGACUCAGCCAUCAGUGCAGCCGAUCGAUAAGGUUGCGUUUCUGUUCCCUGGUCAAGGCUGCCAAUUCGUUGGCAUGGGUCAAAAGUUGUUCGGCGCUGAUCGAGCAUUUGCGGACGCGGUUGAGCGUUGCGAUCGGAUCAUGCAGGAGCAAAGACUCCUUGAUGGCAAGAGUCUGAUACGGGACGUUCUGUGGCCUUCGGUACCGCAGGACCCGCCGUUGGUGGAGGACGCGCGGUUCACGCAGCCGGCCAUCUUCGCCAUCGAAUACGGCCUCGCCGAGGCAUUGGCGGCGCGCGGAAUCCGCCCAGCUGCCGUCCUAGGCCAUUCCUUCGGAGAGUUCGCAGCCGCCGUGACUGCGGGCAUAAUGACGCUAGAGGAUGCCGCGAAGCUGGUUGCCGUCAGGGCCAGAGUGGCUGCGGACAUGGUAUCGACCGGAGCCAUGUUCCUCAUCCACGCCCCUGCAGAGACCGUGCAGAAGGCCGUUGACUUGUUCCAUCAAUCCAACAGGUCAAAGGACCAAGUGGCAAUCGCAGCCACCAAUGGCCCGCGGAUGACCAAUAUCGCCGGCACCGAGGAAGCUUGCGAGGCGGUUUGCAAGGCCGUCAGGGCUCCCAAGGUUCGACUCGCCAUCCCGCACGCCUUCCACUCCCCGCUCAUGGAACCUCUCCGGGAACACAUGAGCCGCGAUUUGCAGGGCGUACGGCUUGCAGCACCGUCGUUGCGCUUCUUCCCUACCGUCGCGGGCCACACCGACGCAGAUACCAGCAAGCCCUCUUCAUCGCCGGCGCGUGAAGCCGAGUACUGGCUGGAUCAGGUAGUGCGCGGCGUGGACUUCAUGGCGGGUAUGCGGCGCUUGGCUGAGGCAGGGUUCGAUACUUUUGUCGAAAUCGGUCCUCGACCAACGCUGAUCAAGAUGGGCCAGCGUUGCAUUACUGCCGAUGCACAGGGUCCUCAGCGUCAUUGGGUGGCGGCGUUGCAUGAUGAAGGCCCGGAAGCAGAGUUGCCCUUGGACCACCUUGAGCAACUUGCCAAAAUGCUUUCAGAGAAGAAGCAGAGCGGACAGAAGAUGAAGGUUCAGGGCGGAGCUAGGCGCUUCUGGAGACCACUCCCGCACCGCAUUGUAAAGCAGGUGGUUCCAAUAUCAGAGAAGGGUGUUUUCACAUUUGAGCGCAAGUUGGGCCGGUAUCUCGGCAAACUACUAGAGGAGCAUCGAGUCAACGGGAUCGCCGUUGUUCCCGGGGCCCUCUACAUUGACACCGCCUUGGCCCUGUUUGCUGGUGCGAGGUCGAUUCGCGCGCCUGAGCAAGGCCCAUCGCCCGUGUUGACAGACGCCAAUGUGAGCAGCAUCGAGCUGCAUGAUCUCGUCUUUGAGCGGCCACUGCAGCUACCCACGGCGAUGGACCUUGGAGGUCUAUCCGCCAAGCAGGGCAUCAUCGUGGAAGGCAGGUUGGCUCUUUCAGCCACUGAAGGAACGGUGCGUAUCGCUUCCAGAGCCAUCGAGAAUCCAGCCACCGCAACGCCUCACUUUUCCUGCACGGUCAGCAAAUUGGCCGGUCGAAUCGCUGCUUCUGCUGCAAUUGACAUUGCGGCUCUAACGCAAGGUCUCCUGCACAUUGGCGCCGAUACCGUCUAUGAAGCAUCUGCAGGAUUUGGCGUCGAGUACGGCACACGGUUCCGCUGUAUCGAGGAGCUGUGGAAGGGAGAAGGAGUGGCAGUGGCCCGCCUGCGUGCGCCGAGGACUGACAACGGCUUCCUACUUGAUGUGGGCAUGCUCGACGGGGCGCUGCAGACGGCAGCGUUCACAGUUGAGAGGGAGCAGGCGUACAUGCCCUUCAGCGUCGAGUCGGUUACAGUGAAAGGGUCGAUUGCCAAUGCCGGCCAGGAGUACUACUCAAUUGCGCGGCUCCGUGGGCGUGAGCAGAAUAUGGUGGAGAUGGACAUUACGCUCGUAGACGCGCGUGGUACUCCGGUCGUUGAGGUGCGGUCGAUGAAGUCAAGGGCUGCGCCGAGGCAGGAUUCAAUUCUCAAGAAGUCGGUCUACGAGGUGGAAUGGGUCCUGCUGCCAACUGGAGUCGAACGUACGCACCAUUUCCAAGGAGAUAUGCUCCUCAUGGGCACCCAGGAGGGUUCUGUUCACGAGACCUGGAUCCGCAAAUUGGCUUCGAGCCUCGGCAUGAAACCAAAAUUUGUCGACGCGACGAAUGUCUCCGGCCAGGACUUUUCGCGUGCUGGCCUUGUCGUGGUUGCGCCGGCGGCACCACCGUCUGAGAAUGACAUGAUUCCGGCAACAGAGACAACGGUGGAACAAGGAUUGAUCAGCUUGCAAGCCGCCUUGCGCGCACUAGCUGCGGUAGAGUCGGCAGACCAGGUGGCACCCGUGUGCCUCAUCACUCACAACGCCGUCCCAGCCGGGAGUGGUAAGGUCAAUCCAGCCCAUGCCACACUUUGGGGACUCGCGCGUAGCGCUAGAGUCGAGUACACAGACCUCACUGUCGCUACUAUCGAUGUGGAUGGUGCGGCAGUCUCGGGAAAUUUGCAUGGCCUCGUUUGCAUCAUGACGCAGCAUCGCAACACAUGGGGCCAGGGAGAGGCCGAGUUCGCGGUGCGCGGCGAUAACGUCUUGGUGCCGCGCAUGGUCGAAUCGUUCGCUGAGGGCUGUCGUCUACCGCAGCAGCUGGCAUGGCGACAGGCAUCGCAAGCGGGCGGACUGAGCAGUCUCACCUGGAUUCCGCUGGCCGAGCCGCGGGCGCCUGGUCCUGGCAGCGUCCUGCUGCAAGUCAAAGCGGUAGGGUUGAACUUCAAAGAUGUGUUGACCGCUACGGGCAUUGAUGUCGAUGCGGUUGACGUCGGGACUGACUGUGCGGGGGUUGUACGCGCCAUUGGCCAGGGUGUGACGGGGAUCUCGGUGGGUGAUGACGUCUUCGGAAUUGCCCCAGGCUGUUUUAAGGACCUCGUCAUCGCGCGCGCCGACCGCCUAACCUCCACACCUGCCCGCCUAACCGCAUAUGAAGCGGCUACACUCCCCUCGGCAUACCUUACAGCCCGUCUAGCCCUUCUCGAUGCUCCUUCAAUCAGGCCAGGAGACCGCGUGCUGGUGCAUGCGGCUUCAGGCGCCGUUGGCCAAGCGCUCGUACGCCUGGCCCACCAGCACGGCUGCACCGUCUACGCCACUGCCGGAAGUGAGGCCAAACGGGAAUAUCUGUUGAAACAGCUGGGUGUUGCUGCAGUUUUCCCUUCUCGCGAUGCAGCGGCCUUCCAGCGCGAGCUGCGCGCCUAUCUGGCCCGCGAGGGUGGUACCAUCGACGUAGUCGUAAACAGCCUUGCCGAUGCCUACAUCCCCAACUCGGUAUCAUUUCUGCGCCAUGGCGGCCGUUUCGUUGAGAUUGGCCGCAAAUCCAUCUGGACGGCGGAGCAGAUGCGUGCUCAUCGACCGGACAUCGAGUACCGAAUCGUCGAGCUGGACAAAUUGCAUUCCCAACCUGGCAGUGUCGCCCAACACCUAGCCGAGGUGGCCUCACUCGUUGACCAGGGCUCUCUUGAGCCAAUCAUUAGUGAAGUCUUCCCUAGAAUUAAAGUCGUCGAGGCAUUCCGUCGCAUGCAGAGGGCGCUGCAUAUCGGCAAGGUCGUGGUCUCCAUUGAGGAUAUGCCCGACACACGCGCCAGCGCUGACAUCCUCUCUCCGGCCCGCAUCCAGCCCGAGAGUGUCGAACGGGCUGUAUCCAACAUCUCGUCCCGUGCGGCUGCCGACCUGGGUGUGCCUGUUGAUGAGAUUGAACGUGGUUGGAGGGCACUCUCUCUUUACUGCUUUCAGCAACUACGUCACGCAGCUCAGCGAGUUGGUCCAAGUGGUGUGGUCGAGAGGCAGCGAAGGCUUUACCAGCGGUACUGCCGCGGAGAUCCUACGCAGCAGUUUUCUCCUAACGAAGAAGCGCCCCUGGGACUGGACGGUAUUGCAGAUGCGUACCCCUUCCUGGUUCCUCAGGUGGAAAUGCUACGCCAGGUCGACGGCCAUCAUGAAGCUGUCUUCCGUGGUACCACUGACCCCUUGACCCUGCUAUUCUCUGGUGGCGCCAGCAAGCGCAUUGCACAGGAUCUUUACGAGAAAGGAAUUUUCGCCCGAUUCUGCAACCAGGUCGCCGCAGAUGUCACGGGCUACCUCGCUGGCUCAUUAAUGCCGGGUGCGACGAUGAAGAUGCUGGAGGUUGGCGCUGGGACUGGAGGCACCACCAGCCGUGUACUGCCCAAGCUGGGUGACGCCGUACAGUCCUACCACUUCACUGACUUGUCGACAUCCUUCCUGCGCCACGCGGAGAAGCGCUUCGCAGCGCAGUAUCGCUAUGUCAACUACCACCUGUUUGAUGUCGAGAAGGACCCCGUGCCUCAGGGGGUGCGCAGCCAGAGUUUCGACGUAGUGCUGGCCUGUAACGUGCUGCAUGCCACGAAAGACCUUACUCGUACCUUGACACACGUGCGCCAGAUCCUCAAGCAUGGUGGUUACCUAGUUUUGUCGGAAGUUACGGCGCCCUCAUACUUUGCUGAUGCAACAUUCGGCAUGACUUCUGGCUGGUGGCUCUUCGCCGACCUGGAACUGCGUCCAGACUACCCUUUGCUCACUGCCCAGAGAUGGAGAUCGUUCCUCCUCAACACCAUCGGGUUCGAGCACGUAUGGAUGAGCGAGCAAGGCGGCCCCCUGCACAACCAGUCUGUUAUGGUGGCCCGCACUCCCUCAGCAUCUGCCAUAUCGCCGCGCAUCCCGCGCCCCCUAUCCACCGCCAGCACCAACGACCGAAACAGCGUUGUGGUCCUCGCCGGUGGCCUGGGAGGCCUGGGCGUUCUGACAGCACGCCUGCUCCUGGAGCGUGGCUGGAAGCGCUUCGCCUUCCUCUCGCGCUCCGGCGAGGUGCCAGCCGACGCCGCCAGCGAAUGGCAGCACUUCAUAGCCGGCGGGCCACAGCACCGCAUCUACCGCUGUGACGUUGCGGACCGCUCUGCCGUCGAGCGCGUCCUGGACGAGAUACGCCAGCAGCAGGGCCCGAUCGUGGGCGUCGUACAGGCCGCCGGCGUGCUCGACUCGGCGACGCUUCCCAACCAAGACAUGGCGCGCUUCCGGGCGCUGAUGGGCCCCAAGGUCGCCGGCAGCUGGAACCUGCACCUGGCCACGCAGCGCGACCCCGUCCGCUUCUUCGCCCUCUUCUCGUCCAUGGCGUCAGUGCUGGGUUCGGCCGGCCAGGCCAAUCACGCCGCCUGUAACUCCUUCAUGGACGCCUUGGCCGCACAUCGCCGGGCCCAGGGCCUUCCUGCCGUAUCUAUCCAGUUCAGCAGUGUAUCUGCUGUAGGCGAGGCUGCUCGCCGUCGUGCCGAUUUGCGCCAUACCAUCGGAUACCUUUCUAUCCCGAAGCUUCUGGCUCGCAACGGUAUCGAAGCCCUGGUGGACUCAGAUGCGGUGGCUGUUGCGCUGAGCCCGAUUGAUUGGGCUAAGAUGCUGGCUAAGUACCGCGUGCCACCGAAUCUGUUCCAAGCUUUCUUUGGACGUGCCGUCCCAGCAAACGCCGGCGGAGCAACAGAAAAGCCAGUGGCAAGUGGAAAGCCAGCUAUGCGGCAUCAGGACAGGAAAGCCAAGUCCGAUUCUACCAGCAAGAAGGCUGCUGCUACGUCUCGGCGGGCUCAGAAAAAGACACCAAAAGAAAAGAAGGCAACAGCGGUCAAGCCCAGCGCUCUGUCUCCUACCACUGAACCCGGCGCCAACCAUGAAUCAAAGGCCAGGACUCUCGUCGUGAGCGCUUUCCACGACGUUCUCGGCUACGAGCCGCCACGUGAUGAUAUGGGCUGGAAGGACGCUGGGGUCGACUCCCUGUUGUCGAUUGAGCUGCGUAACGCCAUUUGCGCUCGGUUGGAUGACCUGGGUGUCUCGAAGAAGGUUCCUGUGACGUUUGUAUUCGAUUACCCGACGGUCCGGCAGGCGGUAGGUUUCCUGGCCGCCGCGAUCGCGUCAAGUGCGGGUGCUGCCUCGGUCGAGCAGGCGACUGUGGAGAAAAGGAGCUCUUCUUCGAGGAAGCCAAACAAGCCGCGCAAGAAGGCCUCAAAGACGCCUAACGCCAAUAAGAAGCCCGAGGCACCCAAGCCCGCAGGGGUGGAGAGCGAAGACUUUUUGAGCCUUGUACUGGAAUCCUGGCAAGAGACUAUAUCGACGCCGAUUCGCCCGAAACAAGCUUUCGUCGACUGCGGCCUCGACUCCCUCUCAUCCGUGGAGCUUCUGUUCGCUUUGCAGACCCGGCUGGAAGAUCGCAUUCAGCUCCCAGAGAACCUCGUGAUGCAGCAGCCUACACCACAAGAUGUCGCUUCGUGGCUCUUGCAGCGGAUUGGAAGUAAUGAAAACGCUCGCAGUAGAACAACAGAAGCAUCACCAUCGCUUGAGAAUGGUACUGAUCAUAUGGCCCUGAUCAUAGAAGCCUGGCGCAGCACCGUUGGUACUGAUCUCGGUGCGGACGAUGACUUCGUCGAGGCAGGCUUGGAUUCUCUUUCCUCCGUGGAGCUGCUGUACGCACUGCAGCAAGCCGUCGGUGAAAGCAUUGAGGUGCCUGAAGGGAUUUUCCUGUCGCAGAAAACACCCAGAGCUCUCGCGUCGUGGCUUAAUAGCAAGUUACCCCGUUCAGAUAUGGAGCACGGCACUGCUCCAGCGGUCAUCGAGCACGAAGAAAUUUCCGAAGAUAUCGAAUCUGAAGAAAGCGGAGAUACCUCUUCGUCGGAAUCAGACGAGAUAUGGGAAGAGUCCGACCAGACGGAAUCCAAGGAAGAGAGCGAUGGCGACAAUGAUGAACAUCUCGAAAACGUGGAUAAAUGGGAGGAUGCCGAGCGCAUUGUGCACUCUGCCAUCGAAGACGUACUUGGGUAUAGCAUCGACUCCAACGCACCAUUCACCGACAGCGGUGUCGAUUCACUCUCAUCCCUCGAGAUCCGCAACGCACUGCAAGCAAAAGUGCCAUCCGCGAUCAAGGUACCUGCCACAGCUGUCUUCGACUAUCCCUCCGUUCAGAAGCUGGCGGGAUUCUUAUCGCAAAGAAUGGCCGAGUUGGAAAGGGCGAACAGACCCACAACUAAGCCAUCGCGCUCAGCGAAGCCUCAGACAAACAAGCCUGUAGCCAAGGCCAAAUCCUCCAGGAGCAAAGCGCCCAAACAAAGGGUUGAAAAGGGCUCACGCAACAAGAUUGAAGAUACGGAGGAUCCGAUCGUCAUUGUUGGAAUGGCCAGUCGUUUCCCAGGCCAGACAGACGACCGAGUUGAGGGCUGGUUUGAGUGGCUGCUGGAUGGCAAGGAUGCCUUCGUUGAGAUCCCUCACCACCGGUUCGACAUCGACGAAGUCUAUCACCCAGGCGGCGAAUCGCGAGCGGGCAAAUCGUACGUCAGAGACGCCGCCUUCGUCCAUGGCGCUGAGAUGUUCGACCACGCGCACUUCGGCAUCGUCGAGGCCGAAGCCGCAAAGAUGGACCCUCAGCAAAGACUCCUUUUGGAGACGAGCUUCCAAGCAUUGCAUUGCAGUGGCUACACCAAGCAGAGCCUCGACGGACUGGAUAUUAGCGUCUUCGUCGGGUGCUGCUCCAACGACUGGUCCAAGAUGCCCGAAGCCAGAGGUAGUGCCUUUUCGGGCACCGGUGCCGCCGCCUCGAUCCUCUCUAACCGUGUCUCGUAUGCGCUCAAUCUCUGCGCGCCGAGCAUGACCAUCGACACGGCCUGCAGCAGCGCGCUUGUGGCUCUGGAUGCGGCUGCAUCAGCUCUGAAGCUCGGCAAGUGCCGAGCUGCCGUUGUGAGUGCUGUCAACUUGAUGCUGUCUUACGGCACCUUUGUCACCGAAUGUGAAGCUUCGAUGCUUUCUCCAUCAGGAAAGUGCCGAGCGUUCGAUUCUCGGGCUGAUGGCUUCGCUCGCGGCGAGGGCUGCGGCAGCGUGGUUGUGAAGAAACUCUCUCAAGCCCGUGCCGACGGCGAUGAAAUCUUAGCUGUCCUCGCUGCCACCGCCAUCAACCAGGAUGGUAGAAGCGCCGGUCUCACGGCUCCCAAUGGUCCCUCUCAAGAAGCUGUCAUUCGCAGUGCCAUCGGGGCUGCCGGACUCCGGCCUGAGCAGCUCAUUCAUCUGGAGAGCCACGGCACGGCGACAAAACUGGGUGACGGUAUCGAGUGGACCGCUCUGGCCAACGUAUUUGGUGACCGCUCUUCCAGAGAACCGCCACUCUAUGUGGGAAGCGUGAAGGCCAACGUGGGUCAUCUUGAAGGUGCUGCGGGAAUGGCGGGAUUGAUAAAGUCCGUGAUGAUCCUCAGAAGCGGCAAAAUCCCUCCGCAGGCCAAUUUUGAGACACUCAACCCGCUCUUCGAAACAGGCCACGCCCUAGCUGUUCCUACCAAGUUGACCUCGCUCGAUGGCAUUGAUCUCAGCAAAUUCGCUUGCGGCAUCUCCAGUUUUGGAUUCGGCGGCACCAAUGCCCACGCCAUCGUCCGCCUCCCAACGACCAGCGAGGUGCCGCACAGUUCCCUCGGGACUCAUCGUCUUCUUCGAACGCCAUGGCCCUUUGAUGGACGCAAGUAUAUUCCUUGGCGUCCCAGCGAUAGCCCGUUCGUGACUUCCAAGGUCUUCCGCGAUGGUGACCGUUGGGCGGUUUACCGCGUUGCCUUGGGUGAGCGCCUUCGAAAGGACCUGCUGGCGCAACACCGUGUCCGCGGCACAAUUAUUGUACCUGCGGCAGCCAUCAUAGAAAUGACCCGUGCUGCUCUUGAAGCUCACCUUGCGGACGAAUCUGCGGGUCUUGAACUUGUCGAACUUAUCCUGGCCAAAGCAAUCUUAGUCCAGGACGUAAGCCCUGCCAGCCCAGUGUUUCUGCAGUGUGCAACGCUGGCCAACGGUGAAGACAGCGGAAAGAGUUGGCAUAUCGAGACAGAAUGCCAGGGAGAGGUCAUUCUUCACGCCACAGCCGCCUUUGGCCGUUGCGACGGCGACACAACUGAGUCUACUUUAGACGUCGAAGAUGCCAGCAUGUUACACACAACCCUCAUCAAGCCUUCUGAUUUAUACAGGCGUGCUGCGGACAGAGGUCUUGAAUACGGACCACUCUUCCAGGCCCUUACUCGCAUUGCAGUCAAGCGUGACGGCAGCAGCGCCUUUGUCAAGAUUGGCGGCUCUCAGUAUGAGACUUCGGCGUCGCCAGCGUCUACUUUCAUCCUCUCUCGAAACGAUUACUUCGUCCCUCCCCAUCUCUGCGACGCUGCUUUCCAGGCUUGCUCUCUUCUUCAUCGAGAGGACGCAGUAAAUCAGACUUUCCUGCCUUUCCAAAUCGGGCAGGUUCGUUGGCACACUACCAGAGACCAGGUUGACAGGCGGCCUAAGUAUGCUAUCUGCGAACGGCAGGGCGGGGGACCUGACUCGCUGGUUGCUUCUGUGGCCAUAUAUGACCAGCGAGGUGAACUUCUCCUAUCGGUCGGGAAUUUCGUGGCCCAGGCUAUACAAAAAAGCAAGGAGAGCCUGGACGUCAUUGGAAAUGCUGCAGGAAGAGCACAGGAGGGGACGGAUCAGCACAUGAGCGGCUCAAACAGCGGGGUUUCCGAGUCACGAGCAACAGCGGUAAUUCCCAAGCGCAUGUUCAGAGAGUCGCUACAGCUGGUCCCGGCCAGCCGAUCUGUGGGUAGCGGGACAGGCUUCACGCGCUUCGCCCUCAUUCGCUCUUCGUCCGGGAGACCUACACCCCGAGAGCUCUUGAGGCUUCCGAUUCCUCAGGUCGAUGUUCACCCCACACACAACCUCCAUCAACGACUCUCGUCGCUGUCAGGCAUAGAAGGGUUACUCUUUGCUCCACCGCCCCGCCUCAACGAUCCUGAUGGAGAUGGCUCUCUUGAAAUUCUCGAAGUCGUCAAAGCGUUGGACAGGAUGAAUGUGCCGGUACCACUGACGAUUAUUGACGUAACUGGUGUCUCGACUCCCACAAGAGAUAGCAGAGGUACGCCAGAGGUUCCGGAGAACAAUUGGACCCUUUCGGGCCUCGUCCGUGCAUGUCGAACAGAGCUCCCUGACCUCAAAAUCUUCCUCUGGCAUGUUGACCCAACAUUGGCUCAGCGCGACGGCUUCUUCACUUCUCCACCCGCACUUCAGGCGGCUUCACUGCUGCCACUAGAGCAAGAGCUCUUCACCGAUGCCAACGGUCAAUACACCCCCCGCUUACAGCCCAUCGCCCCGAUGGAGAAGGAAGUGAUCGGCCUCGAAUGCCAAGUCGGCGCGGACGCAGAACCGGACUUUGGGCACCUCCGCAUCGUACCCCUGAGACGGCAGCCCGGCGACGGACCUGGACCGGAUGAGGUAGAAGUGCAGGUGCGCGCGGUGGGACUGAACUUCCGCGAUGUACUGAACGCGAUGGGCCUGAACCUGGGCGUGCCAGGGCCGCUGGGCGCCGACUGCGCAGGCGUCGUCAGCCGUGUUGGUAGCAACGUGCAAAAGUGGCGCGUUGGCGAUGAGGUGCUCGGAAUUGCCCGCGGCUGCCUGCGAUCCUAUGCCAUCACUAACCACCGCAGGCUGAUCGCUAAGCCUACGGACAUGACAUUCGAACAGGCGGCCAGCGUUGCAUCGGUAUAUGCUACCGUUUACCAGUCGUUCGUCGACGUAGCUCGCUUGAGAGCCGGACAGACGGUCCUGGUCCACGCCGCUGCAGGAGGUGUUGGCCUGUUUGCUAUUCAACUCGCCAAACACCUCGGCGCCAGCAUCAUAGCUACCGUCGGCAGCCCGGGAAAGGAAAAACUGGUCCGUUCAUACGGUGUGCAACUCGUGUCAAGCUCUAGGGAUGUCCGCAAGUUCGAGACCGAUAUGGCACAGUGGAGAGUGAGACCAGACGUGGUGCUCAACUGCCUCACCGGCGACUUCAUCCGCGUUUCUUUGGACUUCUUGGCACCUUCAGGUCUAUUCAUCGAACUCGGCAAGCGCGAGAUCUGGACGCAAGAACAGGUCUGCAACGUGCGGCCCGACGUUCAGUUCGCGGUUGUCGCCAUCGACAAGAUGCUGGCGGAAGAUCCUCAAGCUCAUGCGGAUCUCCUCUUGAGGGUCGAGCGUGAGCUGUUGGCUGUCGUUCUGUCUCUUGAGCACGCCACUCUUUCCAACGCUGCUGGAGGCUCGGUCUUGUCGACUGUGCCGAACCUCGAACGCCUCCUCCGAACCGGCAUGGAUGACGCCAUGGCCGAAUUUUUCACUACCGAGUUCGAUAGGACGGAAUUACUGGCAGGACUUGAGGCUGUGGACCAAAUUGCAAGAACGUAUUUGCAGGAUUGUAUGGCCGCUGCCACGCCAUCUCAAGUAACGCCGCAUCUCCGAGCCCUCUACGAUCUUUAUCGCCACCAACGGCCCUCAUAUGGUGUCGCCAACGGAGCAGCAGAUGUGAAGCGGAUGUACCGUAGUGUUGGUGCCCGUGUGGAUUUCCUUGAGCAUGUUCGUCGAGAGCACCUGGCCAUGUUAACAGGAGACACGGAUCCCGUCUCGGUGCUUUUCUCUGACCCAGAGCUAACCAAGCGACUCUACGAUGAAUCACCACUUGCGGCUCUAUUCAACAAGGUUAUAUCCGGGGCAUUGAAAUCUGUCGCUGCGGAAACGGGUCGCCUCAAGGCCAUUGAGAUCGGUGCCGGCACUGGUGGCACAACCCGCAGUGUUUGUGACGUAUUGGGGUCUCUUUGCCGCUCUUUCUGCUUCACCGAUAUCUCCACUUCUUUCUUCAACCGCGCGCAGCAAGAAUUCGCACCGUCGAUACCGGGCUUCCAUACCGCACUGCUGGAUAUCGAGCGCGACCCUGAGCAUCAAGGGUUCAUCUUGGGCAGCUACGACCUCAUUUUGGCGGCUAACGUGCUACACGCCACAGCCGAUCUGUCAGUAACCCUCGCAAACAUCCAUGCGCUGCUGAAGCCGGACGGCAUCCUCGUCCUCUCUGAGCUCACCGAUUCCUCGGUGUGGGCGGAUGCUACCUUCGGAUUCACCAAAGGCUGGUGGCUCUCCACCGACGACCGACGUUCCAGCGGCCGCGGUCCCCUGAUCAGUUUGGCUCGCUGGAAUGACGCCUUCCGCCGCGCCAACCUCGAACCCGUAACGUCGAGUGAUGAAACGAUAGCUGCGCAGACAAUCAUGGUUGCUCGUAGACCCCUUCAUCCUUUGAACCGUUUCCGCUCUACUAUUCCUUCUGCAAUCAGUCAACGCGCACGCAGUGCUUCCUCUGCAGUCGAUGAAGGAGUGUAUGUCAUCACUGGUGGUACUGGUGGACUUGGUCUUCUAUCCGCUCAUAUCCUGAUUCUGGAGGGUGCCCGGAGUAUUGCUCUUCUCUCGCGCUCGGGAGCUGUCCCAGGGGAGGCUGAGGCAGAACUUUGGGCCCUUCUCCAACGGUCACGCUGCCAAAUCAGCAUUCAUCGCUGCGACGUGAGCGACGAGGUGCAGCUCAGACGCAUCUUCGACUCGUUUGGCGUCCCCGUGGUAGGCAUCAUCCACGCUGCCGGUCACCUAUCGGAUGCCAGUAUCGGCAACCAGUCAACAGCCACCUUCGGCACGGUGAUGCGCACCAAGGCCAGCGGGCUGCUCAACCUACACCGCCUCUCCAUGCAGCAUCCAGUCAAGAUGUUCGUCGUCUUCUCCUCCGCCUCCGCCUUCUUCGGCUCCGCGGGCCAGACCAACCACGCCGCGGCGAACUCGUUCAUGGACGGCCUCGUCCGCUGGCGCAGGCGCGUCGGCCUGCCUGCUUCGUCAAUCAUGUGGGGAGCUGUCUCUCAAGUUGGCGAUGCGGCUCGCAGGGGUGCCGAUCGCAGGAAUAAGAUGCUGUAUGACCCCCUGUCUCUCGUCGACGCCGCCGAGGUGCUUUCUACCGUGCUCUUUGGCGAUUUAGACGUCGUGCUCGCCGCUCCGAUCCGGCCGGCGUCUAUCAGCAGCGACUACAGGGGCAACAAGCGCAUAUUCGGUAGCCUUAUUCCAUCGGAAGAUGCAAACACCGCGAAUGGCACCCAGGAGACCAUUUUCAGGACACCCGAGCCGGUGCCAAGGCCACAGCCCAUCCUUGAAUCCCAGCAGAAGACUGCUCCAUCAACGAGCGCAAGCAAGCAUGCAGACUACGACAGGGUCUUGUCAACCAUCCGCUCGCUAGCUACCAAGUAUAUUGGUCGCCAGCCUGCGGAUGACGAGCUGCUGGUGGGUGCUGGCCUUGACUCGUUGUCAGCGAUCGACCUUCGCAACUCCAUCCAAGCAAAACUGCUUCCUUCGGGCACAAGGCUGCCCGCCAGCACCGUGUUUGAUCACCCCAGUGCGGCCGAUCUUGCCCGGUUGGUCUGUUCGAAAUUUGGAAGCGGUUCGGUUCCGAGUGUGUCACAAGCGGCGCCCAGUCCAAGCACCUUUUACAGGCCGGAAUCAACGGCGCCGGCGCCGGCACCAGCAGUGACGGUAUCUUCAGUGGGAACUGACGAUAUUCUGCUUGUAGUACGUCGGGUGGCCAGCCGUCUUCUAUCCCGCAUCCCCGACGAUGACGAGCCCCUUGUUGCUGCAGGACUCGACUCUUUGACGGCAAUCGAGUUCCGCAAUAUCCUCCAGAAAGAGUUCGGGAUAACUCAACGCCUGAAGCCAACACUUGUCUUCGACCAUCCGACAUCAAGGGAGAUUGCAGACUUCCUCUUGCCAAUUUUGUCUUCUGCCAAUCUUGCAAGGACCUCCACGACCGUUGCUGCUCCUAGCGCCAGCUUUCAGCUGUCGAACAGAGCCACGACGCAGGCAGUUUCUAGCCAUCUAUCAGAGCAACCUGUGAGACCUAUUGUGCCGUCCACGCUGGAGCCGACAUUUGUGCAUCGUGAUUCCCCGCAAGCCUUUGGACAAGUUACCGCUGCUCCUGUGAACAGCACCUUGGAGAUUGCAGGCAUCGGGUGCCGACUUCCGGGUAGGGCCACUGAUCCAGGCAAGUUCUGGAAGAACCUGAUACACAAGGUCGACUGCAUUGUACCUGUUCCUCACGACCGUUUCGACAUGGACGAUUUUUACGAUCCUGUGCCGGGAACAGAAGGCAAGUCGUACGUCGACCAAGCCGCCUUCAUUGAUGACAUUGACUUCUUUGAUCGACACGCGUUCAACAUGUCUCCUUCGCAGGUUUCCCAGAUGGACCCUCAGCAGCGUCUCGCGCUCCAGGUUGCUCUGGAAGCCUUCAUGGACGCUGGAUAUGAAGACAGGACAAAGCUAAGGGGCAGCAACACCGGUGUCUUUGCCGGUGUCUGCUCCAACGACUGGCACAAAGUUAAGAAGGACCCGAGCUUUCUGGGCGGCGGUUUUGACGUUGCCGGCGGGGCUAACUCGAUGAUUGCCAACCGUAUCUCCUUCGAGUUUGGCCUCAAGGGUCCCUCAGUUGCCAUCGACUCCGCCUGCUCCAGCUCUCUCCAGGCUGUUGACAUGGCCAGACGAGCAAUCCUCAGUGGCGUCUGCGACCGCGCGUUGGUGUUGGGUGUGAACCUGAUUCUAUCCCCGGAUACAUUCAUCGGCGAAUGCCAAGCAACGAUGUUGAGCCCCAGCUGCAGGAGCAAGGCGUUCGAUGACGAGGCCGACGGUUUUGCCAGAGGAGAGGGCUGUGCCGCAAUAGUGCUUGAGAAGCCUGGUCACGGUCCGAAGAGCGAUGCAUACGCUGAGCUCAUCGGAUCCGCAUCAAACCACGACGGCCGCUCCGCAAGCUUGCUGGCGCCCAACGGACCUGCCCAGACUGCCGUUAUCAACGCAGCGCUUGCUGAGGCGGGUAUCGCGGGCUAUGAAGUUGACUUUCUCGAAACUCAUGGCACGGGUACCAAAGUCGGGGACCCGCUCGAGUUCAAUGCCUUCCAGGAAGCCCUGGCCUCUGGCCGCUCUCCACAACGCCCACUACACAUUGGAGCGCUGAAGACGAACGUUGGUCAUCUUGAGGGCGCAGCUGGAAUUGCGGGCCUCGUCAAAGCAGCGCUCGUCCUCCAGCAUGCGCAAGUGCCGGCGAACCUUCAUUUCCGAAAACUCAAUUCCCACAUCGACGCUGAGGGUUUCCCGGUCGUCUUCCCUAGCCAGACAGUUGCUCUACCGGCAACCAACGGCCCGCUGGUAGGCUCUGUGUCCAGCUGGGGCUUUGGAGGAUCCAAUGUGCACGCAGUGCUACGUCAGGCAACUCAUACACGAAAGCCGCAGGAAGAAGACAUCAAACGUGAAAUAGGGCAGGUCAGCGUUACAACGGACAUCGCGCCGUGCCCUGGACUCGUUGUCAUGUUCACAGGUCAGGGAAGCCAAUCCGUUAACAUGGCCAGUUCUCUAUACCGCAGCGAUUCCACAUUCCGCAACUGCAUCGAUGAGUGUGCCGCCAUUGCCGACGAUCUUCUCGACAGGCCUCUGUUAUCCGUCCUCUAUCCUCCAGCGGGUGACGAGGCCCGGGCGGUACAGCUGAUCGAAGACACGUCGUACAGCCAGGUGUGCCUUUUCGCCGUCGAGCUCGGACUAUUCCGCAUGCUGCAACGUGAGGGUUUCUGCCCGGCCGUCGUGCUGGGCCACUCUCUGGGAGAGUUCGUCGCGGCACAUGUGGCGGGCUGCCUCAGCCUACGCAAUGCGAUGCGCCUUGUUGCCACCCGUGGCAAGCUGCUUGGUGCGCUUCCCCGCAACGUUGGCAGUAUGGUUGCUCUCGUGGCCAGCGCGGAGGAAGUAGCUGCUACAAUCCGGAGACUACAGCUUUCCCAGUGCUCCAUCGCCGCCAUCAACAGUCCGCGAAUGACAGUAGUAUCGGGCGCUAAGCACGAGGUUGACGAGGUCAGCCGGUCCAUCGGCUGCGUUGCGCGGCCGCUUAAAGUCUCUCACGCUUUCCACUCGCCGCUCAUGCGUCCCGCGCUGCGAGGCUUCGAAGAAGCUCUGGCCAACAUCAAGAUCCGGGCACCGCAGCCGGGAGGCAUCCAGCUGGUCAGCUGCGUGACAGGCAGGCUCGCCGGCGUGGAGCUGGAGAAUCCGUCGCACUGGCUCUCGCACAUUGUCGAUCCGGUGCGCUUCCACGACGCGGUUCAAGAGGCCCACCACCUAGGCGGCCGCUGCUUCGUUGAGAUCGGCCCCAGAGCCGUCCUUGCCAAGCUCGUGAGGCAAUGCAUUACAGCGCCGCUGACCAUCACUGCCACUCAGGACCCGCCCAAAGACGACCAUGGUGCUUGGAGUGAGGCAAUUGCCAAGGUGCGUGGGGUCGUGAAUGCACAACUCCCACCUGCCGUUGCCAUCACGCAGCCGUCUACCGCUCCCAUUAUACGCCCGGCUAUCGCCAAGCGGGCUGAACGAUUUCCAUACCGUAAGACACAGCAUCCGUUCCUCAAAAACCGAAAAGAUCACUCCGACGGCCGGGCCACCUUCACCGUUUCUAUUCGUCAUUCACUCGCGUCUCUCCUGAAGCAGCACGUCGUCCACGGACGCGUUGUCAUCCCUGGAGCACUUCAUAUGGAGCUAGCCGCAAGUGCUGCUCGACAAGUACACAGCUCCUCUGCUGGCUGUAUCGUGCUUGAAGAUGUGACGUUCUCUGCCCCCUGUGUCCUAUCCGCAGAUGACAUGCAGGGAGACGACUCAGGAAAGAUCCUUCCGUCGCUCUUCUGCACUGUCUGCCCCUCGGAUCGGACUAUCAGCAUUGCGUUUGGCCAAGGCAGCCCCGAAACACUAUCGCCUAAUGUAGAGGCACAGUAUGUCGUCUUGGACAACAACAGCGGCCCUCGCCCAGGCAGUGUCGGCGCAGGCGUGAACAUCCGCACCUCACCCGACGACGGGAAUCAGGUGGCCGCAGAAGUGUAUAGGCACUUUGAGCUCAAGGGGCUGCAGUACGGCCCGCACUUCCGGACACUUCGAAGCAUCUCCGGAUCCCGCUCACAAGCGCACGCUCGCCACUCUUUAGCGCUGGUUGGACACGGCAUGUUCGCCCACCCAUGCCUGCUCGACGGCAUCUUGCAGACCUCCGCCGGUCUCUUCCUCGACACUCUAGCGUCGACUCCGGCGCGCAUGCCGUUCAACGUCGAGCGCAUCGAGUUCCUGCGGCCGCUGCCUUCCUGCGUCAACGUCGUGGCGACGAGGACGGAUAACGCGACUGACGACAGGUUCUUGCGCAUCGAUCUCGCCGUAUAUUCCGAGAACGACGACGAGCUGUUAAUGAUGGUGAGUGGGCUGCAGAGCCGCCCAGCGCCUUCGUCGGGGGCGGCAUUGGCACCGUUUAAAGAAGCUGGCACGCCUCUCUUCUACCAGCAAGCCUACGCACACGAGGAAGUGCGACGCGAUGCUCCGAUCUCCGCGCAGAGUGUACAACAGGUGUCAUACGUGGUGGUUGGCGACAGGUUUAACCCCAUCAAACGACGCCUCAUUGAUACACUCGGAUACUCCACGCAAGUGGUCGAAUUGGAGACGCUCACUCCUCACCAAGCAACAAGCCACAGAACAAACACCAGCAAUGUCCGUACGGUGGUCGUCGACUGCCGGGCGUUUGAUGAAAGCAGGCCUCGGCUGAGCGGCAUUGACACCGACUGGGAGGAGGACCUCGCGACAUCGACUUUGGCAUACUAUGCCUCUCUUUGCAACAGUGAGCAUCUUCCGGAUCGCCUCGUGCACAUCACUUCGGGUGCCCUCAACCCCGGUCCUGCGGUCAGAACAGUCAAGGGCGCAGCAUUGGUGGGAAUGGCCAAGGCGUUCAAGGUCGAGCAGUACCACCUUCCGAUUACUGUUAUGGCUCUUGAUGUUCAGGAUGAAGAUGUGACUGCGCCAUCGCUGAUCGUGGACGAGAUCGCCGCUGCCGUCAGGGGCGAUAGCAGCAAUGGCGGCUUCAUUCAAAUUGGCCUUCGAGGAAGCACAAGAUCUGUUCCUGUCACGGUUAUGGCGCCUGUUUCCUGCGACAGCCGAAGCGGCUUUGAGGACGGACGAUCAUCUCUUCGCCUUCAGACGGCUGCAGAGGUAACGCGACUGCUAGCCAGCAGCACGACCACAUUUGAAGAGGAAAACCGUGCCAUGGUAGAGCGCUUUUCGUGCGCUGAUGCCGAGCUUCAAGACGUCUGCUCGCAAUUGAUGGCUCAUGCCGCCUGGCAAACACAGAGAUGGGAAGUUACGCCGCACCUGCUGCGCACAUGGCAACGAUACCGCACCAGCCCUCCACGCGAGGCAUUUUCAGCAUUGCUAGAGAGGCUGGCACGACUCCGCACCGAAUAUCCUGAUGCGACUGGCAACAAGAGCCUUCUAGGCCCGCAGUUGGUGCUGCUCGAGUCCACAGCCAAGCAGUUGAACGAAGUGUUUACAGGACGCGUGGACCCAUUAACCCUCCUUUUCGCCGACCAGAACCAGGACGCGGCAGGCGAGUUGUACAAGAGCACCUUCCUCGCACGCCACUUCAACAAAUUAGUCGUCGCGGCCGUCAUCGAUGCGAUACAGACGUCGGCACUUCCAGCCGACUACACGGUUCAGGUGCUCGAGAUUGGCGCCGGCACAGGCGGCACUGCAAGUUUCGUGCUGCCUGCGCUGCGCGACCUGGGUGUGCGUGUGCGCUACUGCUUCACCGACCUCUCGAGCAGCCUGCUCGCCCGUGCGCGUAAGAAUUUCAGCCGCUAUCCUUUCAUCGAGUACCGCAUGCUGGACGUUGAACGGCCGUGCGAGCCACAGGGCUUCGCUCCCGAGACUUUCGACAUCGUGCUCGCCACCAACGUCCUCCAUGCUACGGCUGACCUUGACGCCGUCAUGGCCAACGUGCGGGAGCUCAUGCUUCCGGGCGGGCGACUGAUCGUAUCGGAACUGACACGCGUGAUGCCUUUCGCUGACUGCACGUUUGGCCUGACCACUGGAUGGAACGCUCAUGAGGACCGCUACAGACGUGACGGCCCGCUACUCUCUGCGGCAAGUUGGUUCGAUGUGUUCCGCAACGCUCGUCUACAGCCUCUGGCCCACUCUCCCCAGGAAAGCAUCUUCGCCAACCAGGCAAUUUUGGUGGCUGCCAGAGACGCCGCAGCUCCUCCUUCGACAAGACAGAGGCUGGAAAUCCACAGGUCAGAUGCGACGUACCUCAUCACCGGUGGCCUGGGUGGCCUCGGUCUUCUCACAGCAAAAACCAUGGUUGAACAGGGGGCACGGAAUAUCAUCCUCGUCUCGCGCAGCGGCAAGCCUGCCGCCGGCUCCAAGGACGAUUGGGACACAUUGAAUGUACUCUGCGCGCGUUCAUCCGUCCGGAUAGAGGUGUUCGGCUACGACGUUAGCGACGAGGGCAAUGUGGCAGCCCUGUUCAGCCACAUCCGCUCCUUGGGCCUGCCGCCCAUCCGUGGUGUCGUGCACAGCGCGGGAAUCUUGCAGGACGGCACAUUCACCGCGCAGACGGCCGCAUCGUACCGCGCGGUGCUCAAGACCAAGGCAGCCGCAGCCCGUCUCCUCCAGGCUCAACUCCCGCAUCUAGACUUCUUUGUGAGCUACAGCUCAGUGGCGUCGCUUCUCGGCGCUCCGGGCCAGAGCAACCACACAGCGGCCAACACCCUUCUCGAUUGCGCUGCGGAAUGGCAAUGGGCAGCAGCACACAGCGGCUCCCGCCCCUCCUUCACCUCUCUAGCGGUGCAAUGGGGCGCCGUAUCCGGUGUGGGCGACGCGGCCCGCCGCGGCGCUGCUGAUGCUGAGAAACGGUCUUCGAGCGUCCACGCCGCCAUCCCCAAAGACACGGCCGAGGCCCUCAUCCGGAAGCUCUUCACCGUCGCCUUCCAGCGCCCCGUCGUUACCUUCGUGCCGUUCUUGUGGCACAACCUCUGGAAGACCGACUGCAAGUUUGCCUCAGAGCGCUUCGCCGCCUUCAAGCCCGCUCGAUACCUACCACCCGCUGGUGCUACCCCUGAGGCUUCUGCCACCCGUCAAGGUCCGGCCCUCACUGUCAAUGCCGACAAACCUGUCGAGUCCCGUCCCGUACCGUCCGCACAGCCCGCAGCCGCUGCUCCCGCUCUGACGCAAAUUUUGGACGAGACGGUCGAGGAUGUGUUGGGGCGCAGCGUAGAGCCGACCGAAUCGCUCGUCGACGCUGGCGUUGACUCGCUGGGUGCCAUCGAUUUCCGCAACAAGCUGCAGAAGAAGAUCCCAGGGCUCCGCGCGCCGGCCACGCUGCUGUUCGAGCAUCCUACCAAGGCAGCUCUGCUGGAGUUUCUCGCAAAGUACGCUCCAGCAGCCGCCACAAGACAAACUCCGCUGCCUCAACAGCAGGUCCCGGUGAAGCCAGCACCAGAACGCUCGGAAAUUACGACCGCUGUAUCACCUGAUCGUCCGCAACGCGAGUUGGCCGUCGUCGGUCUCGCAUGCCGUCUACCGCAGGCUGAUUCGCCACAAGAAUUCUGGGACCUCCUCUCCAAGCACCCCUCGACCGCAUUCGGCCGCGUGCCAGCCGACCGCUGUGAUAUGACCUCCGUACUCGAUCCCUCCGGCAAGAGUCGCGCAGCAGCGUAUACAGACACUGGUGCCUUCGUCCGAGAUGCUGACAUGUUCGAUCACACCGCUUUCGGUCUGCCCGCCUUCGAGGCCGCAGCCAUGGAUCCUCAGCAGCGCGUGCUUUUGGAGGUGUCCCUGCGCGCCUUUGCUGACGCUGGGUUGAACCGGGAAACACUUACUGGCUCCCGUAUCGGCGUCUACGUCGGCGCAAUGAACUUCGACGCUGCGUUCAAGUCGUCACAACAUGCUGGCGAGGCCCAUGGCGCCGCAGCCGCCGCUCCGUCGCUCCUGUCAAGCCGUCUCUCAAACGUCUUCGGCCUACAGGGUCCUUCGCUCACCAUCGACACAGCGUGCUCUUCAAGUCUUGUGGCACUGGAAAUGGCCGCCGAAGCAUUGCGUCAACGCAAGAUCGACCGUGCUCUGGUAGCCAGCGUCAACGUCAUCUCCUCAACCCGCACCUACGUAGCCGAAUGCGCCGCCGGCAUGCUCUCACGCCGGGGUGUCUGCGCUCCUUUCGACAACCAGGCGGACGGUUUCGUGCGUGGCGAGGGUGCUGUGGCCAUCGUGUUGCAGCGCCUGGAAGAUGCUACCGGCGAAGUACACGCUGUGGUCAACGGCAUAGCUAUCAACCACAAUGGCCGGACCGCCGCCAACCUCACCUCCCCCAGCCCAUCCGCUCAGGAGUCCGUCAUUCGCGCCGCCCUCGCUGACGCUGCCGUCGACCCUGCUCAGGUGGGAUACGUGGAAUGCCAUGGCACUGGCACCAAGCUCGGCGAUCCCAUCGAGAUCAGCGCGCUUCAGAAUGUCUUCGACAGUCCGUCUUCUCUCCCGCAGCAGCCCUUGUUCGUCGGCGCGGCCAAGGCCACAGUUGGACAUACGGAGAGCGCUGCCGGCCUAGUGGGCUUGCUCAAGGCUGUUCUGGUUCUGAAGCACGGCAAAGUGCCGCCUCUCUCGCACAUAAACCGCACCAAUGAGCAUCUUCAGCUGGAAGGCUCGCGUCUAGAGCUUCCGAAGGCAUGGACGCAGCUGGAUGGCUCUAAUCCCAUCGCCGGUGUAUCCUCAUUCGGCUUCUCGGGUGUCAAUUGCCAUGCUGUCCUCCGACGGCCUGAUGCAGUAUCACUGCAGUCAGUCAGGAGUAUGGCACUGCCGGAGCCCAAGCUGAACCGCGUCUGGUUCCCGUUAACAUCGGUGCACUCCGCUGCAGGAAUUGAGCUGACGCAAGAUGUAACAUUCAAAUCUGGACAAGUGUACCCGGACAAUGGCUCAUCCGUGCAGAAUUCUGCAUUCUCAGCAUCUUUCCGCCACGGUCUCUCCACCGCUUUCUUAGCGGAGAAAUUCUGCGGCGCCAGCCGUCCGCAGGCCCUGCUUCUCAGCCUCGAGCUUAUGUCCGCCGUCAUGCAGCCGCAAGGGGUCAACAAGAGCGCACUCGCCCUCCAAUCUGGCGUUCUGAGAGCCCCUUACGAAAUCACUUCAGACUCCCAGAGCGGCCUUCAGGCUCACACCAUCACUAGCGGCUUGCUUGGCGUGCGAUGCACGUUUGGCUCGCUGUCGGCCAUCUUAGCAACGGCGAGCGUGGCUCCUGUAGCAGCAGCUGUUCCGAACCAGCUAGAUGUGCAGCCCGGCGAUGAUGUGCUGACAAAUUCCCACCUCGGCCCCGCCUUCUACCCUCCGGGCGUCAGUGGCGUGCAUCAUGACCGGAGCGUGCGCCGCGUUCGCUUCACAUUUACCAGGCCCAAGGACCAGCUCUACAUCUGCCCGAGCCAUGCAAACAUUAUCCAGGCCGCUUGUGACGUUGUCGUCUCUCUUCAAGGCUCAGAGCAUCGUAACCCCCUUGUCGUCGGUUUUGGCUCCCUUGUAGCUGUACCCGGCUCGUCAAAAUUCACGGUCGAUAUCGCCGUCCGUUCUUCCGGCGAUGGAGAGCUAUGCUUAGACAUCCUGGCUAUUGCCGAAGAGAGCAAGAGCGGCCUGCAUGUCUGCGGCCUUCGUGUCGCCCUGGCAUCCGCGGAUCGUGCCGCAAUCAGCCUUACGAAGCUGGACCUCCGCCCCGUCUUGGACCUCUAUGAGCUUUCUCAUUCCCCAAGCGAUCGUGCCUGGCGCGUCGAUGGAUCCCAAAAUCGGUCUGGCGGUUUCGGCAGCGUCAAUUCCAUAUCCAUCGACCAGCUGCAGACCGACCGCAUGGCCGCAGAUGAUGUCGCAGUUUUCCCCGCUACAGACCUUUCCGCCACUGCAGAUAUCCUCGAAAAGUGGGCAAUCAAGGCAAGCAACCGCCACCUUUGGAUCCUCUGCAGCCGAGAAAACCACCUGAUGCCCGCACUCCGGGCUCUCGUUCAGACGUUCCGCCUAGAACACCCACGCUGCAGCAUCGGCAUCGUUACCGGUGAAGGCCACGUUGAAGAUUUGGUGCCUCGAGUGCCUAUAGAACUCGGCCCAGAAGUCCACAUCGCGCACGGCGGCCGUCUCCACCUCCCAUGCCUGCUUCCUGCUACUCCCACGUCAAAAUUCCAGCAGCAGGGACGCACAACUCCCAACUUGAUGCGCGGUACCUUUGUCAUCACCGGCGGCACUGGGGGUCUCGGUCUCGCUACCGCUGAAGCACUCCUCGAGGCAAGCGCGGCGCACGUGGCGCUGCUCUCCCGCUCCGGAAGGGCGACCAAGGGUUCGAACGAGCGUCUUUCGAGACUCCUAUUCAACGAGCCGAGCAGGCUAUCGGUCCACCAAGCAGAUGUGACUGACGAACGACAAGUCACCGAUGUGGUGCGCCAACUCCAGUCGCGCUGGGGCUCAAUUACCGGCGUUUUCCACGCCGCCGGCCAGCUUUCCGGGGAAAAGGAGGGUGUGACGACCAAGGGAUUCAACAGCGCCUCUUUCGAGCGUCACCGUGCCGUCAAAGUCGACGGCUUGAGAACACUACUAACAGCUCUACGCAACACCAGCGUCGAAGUCGUCGUCGGCUUCUCAUCUACGUCGGCGCUGCUCGGGCUGCGGCAUCAAGCUGAAUACGCAGCGGCAAACGCGGCCAUGGACGCUGUACUUCUGGAUGAGGAGCAACAGCAGAGCCGCUACCAAUCAACAACGCGCUACGUCUCUCUCCAAAUCGAUGCCGUGGCAUCUGUCGGCUUUGCGGCUCGGACGCUGUCCAGCGGCGCUGAGCAAGAAGGAAUGAUGCCGCUGCAAGACUUCAAGCGUGCUAUCGUACAGGUCGCCCAGAGCGCAUCAGGCGUCGUCAGUCUCAUCGAUAACCGCCGUGCUGCAGUAUGGCUAUCUCGUCAGGGGGUCAAAAGGACAGCGGCCCAGCCGUCGCCGAACGGCCCGUUCCCGGACACCAAAGGAAAAGAAGCAGCUGGCGCCAAAGUAACAGAGAGCCCCGUCGAUGGGUCUGGCCCGGUGCCCGUGCUCAUUCGCUCUGCAUUCGAGGAGGUGACGGGUCACAGUCUCGAGAGCGAUUCCACGCCGUUCUUUGAUGCCGGGCUUGACUCGCUAACUUCCGUCUCUUUCCGCCACGUGCUUGAAGACCGCCUGGGCUGCACUCUACCCACGUCAAUCGCGUUCGACUACCCAAACCUUAACAAAUUGGUGUCCUUCCUGCAUAAGGAGACAGCUGUCGUGACCCGGUCUCUUCAAGAAGCACCCAAGUCAAUCAACAGGACCACAGCUGCUGCUAUUUCUGGUGCUGCAACUUCUGCCCAAGAUGACGACGAUAUCGUCGUCACCGGCAUGGACUGCGUCUUUCCCGGCGCCAACGGCAUCGAGGCCUUCUGGGACGUUCUCAUGUCGGGCAAAGACAUGGUCGCCCCUAUCAGCCCGGACCGACUCGACCUCGAGGGGUACAACAAGCAUCUGCUGCAGCAGACCGAAGGCGAAGAAGAAGCGGCCGUGACGAUCAGAGAAGCAGCCAUGCUAUCGUACGACCAAGUCUUCAGCUUCGACCACGCCUUCUUCGGCAUGUCUCGGCGCGAGAGCGAAGCCACCGACCCGGCCCAGCGGCUCGUCCUACGCACUUGCUGGCAAGCCCUGCACCGCGCAGGCUUCACCCGCGAUGGCCUCGAGGGGAAGCAAGUCGGCGUCUUCGUGGGUGCGGGCCCUAGCGAGUGGAGCAAGGCGCUGGGCUUCCGCAACGCGCUGACGGGCGCCGGCUCCGCGUCGUCGCUGCUGGCGAACCGCGUGUCGUACUGCUUCGGCCUGCGCGGGCCCAGUCUCGUCGUCGACACAGCCUGCUCGUCCAGCCUCGUCGCGCUGCACCUCGCGCGCGCGGCCAUCCGGCGUGGCGAGUGCGAGGCGGCGGUGGUUUGCGGCGUGCAGGUCCACCUGCACCCGUCAUCUUUCGAGCAGGUCUCCCGCUCGAAGAUGGUCUCGCCGUCGGAUAACCGCUCCAAGCCCUUCGACGCCGCUGCCGACGGCUACGGCCGCGGCGAGGGCUGCGGCGCCGUCGUGCUCGUCAGGGCAAGCGAUGCUGCUGCUGCCGUUGCUGAUGUGCCGCCCCUCGCGGUGCUGAGGGGCUCCGCGGUCAAUUCGGAUGGUCGUUCGGCCAGCUUGACGGCGCCGAGCGGGCCCUCGCAGGUCGAUGUCAUCCGCGAGGCGCUGGCGGACGCGUGCCUGGAGCCUGGUGAUGUCGCGUACGUCGAGACGCACGGCACGGGCACGAGUCUGGGCGACCCGAUCGAGUUCAACGCGCUCAAGAGCGUCUUCGGGUCGUCGUCGUCGUCAUCGUCGUCUUCGCCACGGCAGCAACCGCUCGUUCUCGGCGCGCUCAAGGGCCAGAUCGGCCACCUGGAGGGCGCGGCAGGCAUCGCCAGCUUCAUCAAGGCCGUCAUGGCGCUCAACCACGGCGUCGCGCCGCCCAAUGUCAACUUCCGCCGCCUUAACCCGGCUGUUGUUGGUGAUGGAUUUGACUUCGUGCUCCCCACGCGGCCGCAGCCCCUUGCGCCUGUUCGUUCGCGUGAGAAUGCAACCCUCGCAGCAGGCAUCAGCUCCUUCGGCUUCGGCGGCACGAACGCCCACGUCGUCGUGACAGCUGCAGCCCCUGCGGCUGAAGAAACAAGCUUCAGGGCCGCCGACGACGGACCGUCGCCCGCCGCCCUGAUCCGCCGCGGCCUCCGCCUCCGCGCACCGCACCGCUUCGCUCCGACCCUCGUCGAGCCGCCUGCCCGCUCGCUGCAUCCCCGUCGUGGUGGCCGCCAGCAGUCGAUCCAUGCUACGACUUCCCCUGGUAUGGUCUCGCCGCCGCCGACCAUCGCCGCCGUUCCUUCGCCUCGUCUCUCCUCCCCUUCGCCGCUUUCGCAGGGGAUUCGCAGCCGCGGUGGGACCUUCCAGGUGCGGUUCCAGAGCGGUAGUAGUAAGGGAACGAGAGCCAUGACCACGGCUGUUCCUGUCGUUUCGACGAGUACGACCACCAUGAUGGCGCAGGGUAGUGGUAAUGAAGGCGGUGCGGGGGUCGCUGGUAGUAGCAGCUCCACUACAGCGGUGCAUCGGCAGUUCCGGUUCAAGUUCAGUGAGAGGAUGGGUUGA